CUUUCCAUAAUUCCAUUCUUCUUCAUAAGUUCACUCUCUCACCAACAUGUUCCUGUGACGACGAUACUCUUUCACUUACCCUACACCAUUUCUUCUUCUUCUUCUUCUUCAUCGUCCUUGAUCCACUCUCAGCUCAGGAAUUGCUUGAUUCAGUUUUUCAAUUUGAAACUUCUGAGAUCUGUUCUUGUUUCUAGAAGAAAACAGCUUGUUUUCACCAUCUCUGAACCUCUUGAUUUUGAUCGGAAUCUGGAAUCAAAUGGGUAAAACCGCCGGAAACAGAGAUUGGACUCAGAUCUACGCUAUUUACGGAAUCGAACAAUGGCAGACACUCGUCUUCCUUCUCUUCCAUGCUUUUUUCUUCUCACUCCUCUCUGUUCUCUUCCUCAUCUACUUCGAUCAGAUUUGCUUCUUCCUCGAUUCCUUCUUCCUCUCCGGCGCCGCCAGGUUAGCCGCGGGUUUCACUGGCGCUGUUACCGCUCUCUCCGCGGUUUGUCUACUCUUCGCCGCCGCUAAUUUCGUUUACUCCGAUGUUCCGCUACAGUACGAGAUGGCUCAACGCAUGGUUAGCUCCGUCGGUGACUGGUCUUGUGUCAAAACUGCUCUCGAUCUCGGUUGUGGCCGUGGUAUCCUCCUCAAUGCCGUCGCUACACAGCUUAAGAAAACCGGUAGCUCCGGUCGGGUCGUCGGGUUAGACCGCUCUAAACGCACAACUCUCUCCACUCUCCGCACCGCUAAACUCGAAGGUGUGCAAGAGUAUGUGACUUGCCGUGAAGGAGAUGUUAAAACGUUACCGUUUGGGGAUAAUUACUUCGACGUGGUGGUCUCGUCUGUGUUCGUUCACACGGUGGGGAAAGAGCAUGGUCAGAAGUCGGUGGAGGCGGCGGCGGAGAGAAUGAGAGUGCUCGGAGAGAUAGUUAGAGUUGUGAAGCCAGGAGGUUUGUGUGUGGUUUGGGAUCUCUUACACGUGCCGGAGUACGUGCGGCGUCUUCAGGAGCUGAAGAUGGAAAAUAUCCGAGUCUCCGAGCGAGUCACGGCGUUUAUGGCCGGUAGCCACAUCGUGUCGUUCCGGAAACCCAGUGAACUCGUCGCCGGACCCCGUGAAGUCCGCCUCGAUUGGAGAUGAUGACGUGGCGUUCAAAACGGCUGUGUUUUGUGUCGGUUCGUUCUAUAGAAAACGGCACGUAGUCUAAGUCUGGAGGUUUGAAACUAUAAUUGUGAUAUAUUAAUUACGAAUCUACUGUACUAAACUAGAAAAUCAAAAUGUAUGUGGCGUCUGGGGAGGCGAAGCGGAACCAGAUGCUUGAUGAAGAGGCAUAACGCUGCGUUUGCGUUUUUGUCUUGUAUUUGUAUAAGCUAUAGUUUUAUUAACAACAUAUUAAGCUGAAUCUGAAUGUGUGAUUCAGAGAAAUA